AUGCUCAGAUACAAGUCGACGCGGCUCCUGGCUUUGAACACUCAUGCUCUUGCUCCGGUGGAUGUCGUCAAGAAACUGGGAAUCCUUCGCCGACCCCGCUAUGUACACCGGGGGUCUCGCCGUGGAUUUAUUUACUCCAACAACAACGGAGAAUCAUCCAUACCCUCGGUCUGGUCUCCGGCUCGGUCUGUCGCAGACUCAACACGUCAUCAGAGCGCCGAAAACAUCGGACUAGUUGACGCUUUGGCGUACGGGCUUGUUGGAAAUCCCGAAGUGGAUCCGAACAUUCCUUUCCCCGCAUCGCUGAACGGGACGAGGAAGGGUGGGAAACCCGGCGUGGAUUUUAGUGCCCUUCGCCCAUUGACCAAACUCAAACCUUCCUCUCAUAUUAAGCUUGUUCAGUUAAAUGCGCAGUCGCUUACUAACAAAGCGUGCCUGCUUCACUCACAUAUUCUGGAUAACAGGAUUGACCUCAUGUGCGUUACUGAGACCUGGCACAGACCUGAACAAUACUCGGUGUUAAAUGAGGCAUGUCCUGCUGGUUACACGUACCUGGAGAAGGCUCGCACCACUGUUGACACCAUCCGUGGACCCCUGGCGCAAACCAUUCGGCUGCCCUCGGUUUCCUCUGCCCCUGAAAACACCCUGGCAGACUUUGAAGAGGUGACUCCGCAGGAGGUCGAAGCAAUUAUUUGA